GAAAGAAAGAGCGUGCACGCUCCUUCCGCUGUAUUCAUUGUUGGAUUAUGGUCACGUGAGAGGAAACUCACUGGAAAAUUUUACUAGUCCACGCGCCCUGUCAAAACAUCUACAAUGAAAUCCCAUCAGAAUGAACAGUGAUGCGAAAGCGAAAAGACAGCGCUGACCAUGACAGCUCGUUCACGGGUAACGUUACACUACUGGACGGCAGCUCCGAUCUAAAGCAGUGCCACAAAAAGACAGACGCUGCUUCUGACCCGGGAAGUUCGGGGACAGCGAUGGGGAGACGCUACAGGAGGGGUGGUCUGAUAUGGAGGCUGAGGAGGAUACUGAUCUGGGUGCUGGGAAUCUACAUCGCCAUCCCUCUUAUCAUCAAAGCCUGUCCAUCAAUACAAGCAAAAUUAGUAUUUUUAAACUUUGUGCGAGUGCCGUAUUUUAUAGAUCUGAAGAGACCACAGGAUCAGGGCUUGAAUCACACUCACAACUUCUACCUGCAGCCGGAGGAGGGAAUCAACAUUGGAGUGUGGCACACAGUACCUUCGGUGAUGUGGAGGGAUGCUCAGGCAAAAGAUGCUGAAUGGUAUGACAAAAGCUUCCAGUCCAGCCAUCCAGUCAUCCUGUAUCUUCAUGGCAAUGCUGGAACAAGAGGAGGAGAUCACAGAGUUCAGCUGUACAAGGUCCUUAGUUCAUUAGGCUACCAUGUAGUCACAUUUGAUUAUAGAGGUUGGGGAGACUCAGAGGGCAGCCCUUCAGAGAAAGGCAUGACGUCAGACGCUCUCUUCCUCUACCAGUGGAUAAAGCAGCGGAUUGGUCAGAAGCCCCUGUACAUCUGGGGUCACUCGCUCGGCACAGGAGUGGCCACAAACCUAGUGAGACGUCUGUGUGACAGGGGAACGCCCCCAGACGCCCUAAUUUUAGAGUCCCCCUUUACCAAUAUCAGAGAGGAAGCCAAGAGCCAUCCCUUCUCUAUGGUUUACAGAUAUCUACCAGGCUUUGACUGGUUCUUCCUGGAUUCUAUAACUGCAAAUGAUAUCCGUUUUGCCAGUGAUGAAAACGUCAACCACAUAUCCUGUCCAGUUCUGAUACUGCAUGCAGAAGAUGACACAGUCGUACCUUUUCAGCUGGGAAAGAAGCUAUAUGAUCUGGCGGCGCAGAGCAAGAGUCUGAACGGUCAUAAGGUUCAGUUCAUCCCAUUUCCCAGCUCUCUGGGCUACAGACACAAGUUCAUCUACAAGAGCCCACAGCUACCAAAUAUACUCAGUGAUUUUCUCAGUGCGCCACAUCCUCACAUGUAGUCCGGAUAAAUUCAGCCACCUGCCCGCCUAACACACUCUCAGUUAAUAACACACACACACACACACACACACACACACACACACACAGUCUACAUGAUCUGCACCAUGUACAUCAUGUG